AUGUCUACAACAGCUUCGAAUACACCAUCCAGCAAGAGUGCUGCCUACGAUCAUUUGAUCAAGUUAUUGCUCAUUGGUGACAGUGGUGUCGGAAAGAGUUGUCUUUUGCUCCGUUUCUCUGAGGACUCUUUUACACCAAGUUUCAUCACAACUAUUGGUAUCGACUUUAAGAUCCGUACGAUUGAGUUGGAAGGAAAGAGGAUCAAGCUUCAGAUUUGGGACACUGCAGGUCAGGAGCGUUUCAGAACAAUCACUACAGCCUACUAUCGUGGUGCUAUGGGCAUCCUUUUGGUGUACGACGUCACUGAUGAGAAGUCCUUCGGAAACAUCAGAAAUUGGAUCAGAAACAUUGAGCAACAUGCCACAGAGUCCGUCAAGAAGAUGUUGAUUGGAAACAAGUGUGAUCUUCCAGAGAAGAAGGUGGUCGACACUGCCAGAGGCAAGGCUUUGGCCGAUGAGCACGGUAUCAAGUUUUUGGAGACAUCUGCCAAGAACAGCAUAAACGUAGAGGAGGCUUUCAUCACACUGGCAAAGGACAUCAAGAAGAACAUGAUCGACAAGGAGAUUGGCACACCAGGCCAACCAAACGUCGACAUCACAAAGAGUGCAACAGAGGAUAAGAAGGGAGGCUGCUGUGGCAAGUAA